CCAAGUAACCUGACUUGUGAUUGGCAGGUGUUGAUCAAUGGAAGUCAUAAUUUUGAAUUCAUGGUACAUGACGUGGAUACAGGGCCAGACGAUACUCUAUCGGUGUUCGAUGAAAAACCAGUUUCAGGAAGUCUUCCGAGAUGGUCUUUUAAUGGACACCUAUACAAUCAAAGUUUCUUUGCUGACAGAAAUAUUUGGUUCAGGCUUAUUUCUUCGGGCGACCCCGGGAUUAGCUCAAGGCAAUUUAAAAUCGAAUUUCAGUCCGUUUUCAAUGAAUCUGAAUGGUGCCAAGAAUUGUCAGCUCCAGACAAUGGUCAGAUAUUUGGUUCUAAUUUCACUGUUGGUUCAGAGGUCCAAUUCAGAUGUGACUCGGGAUUCCAACUUCAAGGUGUUGCGUCUCUUCAGUGUUUAGAUGGCGAUACAGGAACGUAUUGGUCAGGCCUCCCUCCCAGUUGUCAAGUGCCUUGUUUCUGGAAUAAAGAUCAUCUGGGCCGAAAUGGGUCUUUCUAUCGUGUACCGCAGGAUAUCGACGUCAUCUUAUCACCAAACUACCCAGAGAAUGUGGUCGGCCCAAUAUCAUGUGCAUGGGAAAUCACGGCCCCAGACGGUCUUAAUCUCAGCACGGACUCCCUAACGCCCAUAGACGCUCCCUUUGCCUUAGAAAUAUGGGCUAAUCAAAUGGUGGCAUUUCUGCAACCAGGGCUUUCAAGAAGUCUAAUUCUGAACGUGACGAACUUCCAGGAGCCGGUGUCAUUAUCAAUCCCUGUUACAGCCGUGUCCAUUAUCCUCAAAGUUCAAAGAGUAUCCAGUAUUGGAUUGUUUGUACUGCAAAUAAAACGUAUAAGGGAUAGAAGUUGUGAGCUACCUCCUUUACGUGAUCAUCUCACUUACUCUCCUUCAAAAGUCCAGUAUGACCUUGGCGACGUCAUCACAUACAGCUGUGAAGGGACAUAUGCUUUUACUACGCCGCUGAACCUCACUAACGUCUGCUCCAGUGACGGACUGUGGGAAAAAGAGAAACCAGAUUCGUUACCCAUCUGCUCCCCUGAUUGUUUAACGUGGUCGCCGUCGCAGCAAAUCUACAUUCCAACGGUCUUUACGUCGGUGUCAGGUUGGCUGUACAGUAAGGCUUACCCAAAUACAAUUCCUCUUGGAAUCUGUAAUUACACGUUUUUAGGAGAGCCCGGAGAACGUUUUACUUUGGAACUGUUAUCCGCAGUCAUAACAACAACCGAAUUGUUCAUCGUCGAGCCGAUAGGAUGGACACAAGACUGGGAUUCAUCCGUCUACCUGUCAAAAAGCAACGUUGUGUAUCUGCUGGUCAACCAGAGUUCGUCGUCAUCUCAGGACAACUUCGUCCUCCGUUUUCAUAAAGAAGCGACAGCGAUUACAUGUCCUGCUCCUUCUUUACCGCAAUUCAUGGCUUAUCAUGGAUUAAAUUUCACUGUUGGUUCCACGAUCAGCUUCCAGUGCGAACCAUCAUUUGAGGUCGUUGGGACAAACCAGAGCACUUGCGUCCUGAGGAAUUCAACAACAGCAGAAUGGUCACCACGUGUCCCUGUGUGUGUAGGAAAAUGUGGCGGAACUUUUGUCUCCGAUAAUAUCACGAUUGUCUCCCCGGAGUUUCCAAACAGCUAUGACAGUAAAGACAUCUCUUCAUGUGUUUGGAACGUAAGGAAUGUAAAAGAUGUACCAUUCCGCAUGUCUCUUCCGGUUAUGAACAUGAUGACUGUAGAUAAUUUAACCGUUAGUAAUUCGCUUGAGACAAUGUUCUUAAACGACAUCUGCUCGUGGAACUGUACCUGGUUCCAGUCUGUCAUUAGUUCAAGUCAAGCUACUGUCGAGUUGUCUCUCAGUGGAGAACGCCAUUACGUUGAUGUUCCCUUGAUGUUUUCCAUCAUGUUCGUAAGCACGGCUCUUAUAACCUGCAAGAACCCUGACAAUCUUGUAAAUGGGCAAAUCAUGGCCAGUGACUUUCUGGAAGGUUCCAGCAUACAUUUCAUCUGUCACCCACCGUAUGACCUGGAUGGGUUUCAUGAGGCGACUUGUGUCGGUUCCGGUGAAGGCCUACCAGAGUGGGAUCACCCGACCCCUCGGUGUUUGAUCCCCGAUUGUACACCGCCCAGUAGUCCUCAGCUGAGAGGUCCUGGAAGGGGGUCCAUUGCGUCUCCUGGAUAUCCGGGAAACAUCCUAAAGGGACAACAGGAAUGCAUUUGGAUCAUCUCUGCUGCAGACGAAUCAGAUCGCCUCCUGUUGCACUUCCAAUAUAUGGAGCUCCCAGAUUCACAAUCUGGAAGGGUGGCCAGCGUUUUGAUUUUCGACGUUGGCGAUAACAAGGACGACCUGUUAGCAAACUUCACCGCUGGUGCACCGACAGAGGAUCUGACCAGCACUACUAACGUUGUCAAGGUUGAGUACUAUGGACCAUUAGACAACGUCCGUGGAUAUCGAGGGAUCUACUUGGAUUAUGAGUUCAUCGAAAAACCUUUGUCCACAAGUUUUGAACCGCCAACGACCACAAGCACUAAAGUAGCUCCAAUGACGUCUCUGGAAACGACAACCAUUCCGACUACAACCAUCGAGGUUUUACAAACAAGUACUGCGAAACCUACCAAAAAAGCGCCGCUUUCCACAACGUCCAGCCCAACGACGCUUAGCGCAACGACGAGACAUCCAUCCACUAUUUCUCCAAGCCACCGGACAACUCGACAGUUGGAACAGCGGGAGAACGAAAGUGAAAGUAACACUGGAAGGAUAGUGGCGGGAAUUCUCGUCCCCAUGUUCGGGGUUAUUUUUGUCGCUCUUAUGGGUUAUGCUUGGUAUCGCCAUAAAUAUCCAGUAAGAAUGGUGCUUGGUAAAGACUUUGGCAAAUUUGCCAAUCCUAUUUACGAAAAGGGUGCAUCAACCUUGACUCUUGUAAGAGAAGAUGUGCCUAAAAGAGAUGCAGAAUGAAUCCAGUUUCAAGAAAAAUGGCAGUGAUAGUAUACUGAAGUAAAAGCACAUCUCUUGUAUAUUUUGGGGAAAAGUAUUAUGAUUUAGCUUUCCGUAUAAUGAUUUUAUUUUACAGAUUUGAAUGUUUUUUACUGACUAAUUGUUUGGUAAAGUAGUUUUAAACUGUAUUCUACACUGCUGAAUCAGUGGUUGUUUAAAUUAAUCUGAUCUCGCGGCGUGUAUGAACAAGUUAACAGCUGGUUGUAUCUACAAGGGACGAUUAUAAAAGUUUAUAUUUUUUUAAAUAUAAAUUUUUUUUAGUUAACUCCCUGACAUUUUAUUUAAUACCGCGCAUCACUAUAUUCCACUAGUUUACUUUGCGCAUCUAUA